AUGACGGACACUCUUUUACCAAACGGCAUCAAAGACAGCGGAGGAGACAGCAGUUAUUUCAGAAAGGGAUGUAACCCGUUUGCCCAGACUGGACGAAGCAAACUGCAGAAUACGCGAGCCAGUCUGAACCAGCAGAUCAUCAAACAGAUGAGGAUGAGGGCUGGAGCUGAGAACCUGCUGAAGGCUUCAUCUAACAACAAGGUUAAAGAAAUGGUGAUGUUGGAGUUGAGCUAUGUUAACUCCAACCUGCAGCUCCUGAUGGGACAGCUGGAAGGACUCAACAGCUCAGUGGAGGUCUAUCAGAACACCCAGGAAACAGCCAACAUCCCCCUCAUUGCUCUCGGUCUGAAGGAAACAAAAGAAGUCGACUACUCCACUAUGUUCAAGGACUUCAUCUUGGAGCACUACAGUGAAGACGGGAAAGAUUAUGAAGAUGAAAUUGCUGACCUGAUGGACCUGCGACAGGCUUGCAGAACACCAAGUCGAAAUGAAGCUGGGGUGGAACUGCUGGCAAAGUACUUCAGCCAUCUCCCUCUGGUUGAGAGCCGAUUCUUCUCCCCAUCCCGCCAGACUGGAAUCUUCUUCACAUGGUAUGAUUCCUUCACAGGAGUGCCAGUGUGCCAACAGAACCUGUCACUGGAGAAGGCCAGCAUCCUCUUCAACAUGGCCGCCCUCUACUCUCAGAUCGCUACUCGCAGUGACCGACAGACAGUAGCUGGCCUGGAGGAGGCCAUCUCUUCAUUUCAGAUAGCUGCAGGUACCCUGAACCACCUGAAGGAGACAUUCACCCACACUCCCAGCUAUGACAUGAGUCCAGCCAUGCUCAGUAUGCUGAUUCGAAUGAUGCUUGCUCAGGCUCAGGAAUGUCUGUUUGAGAAGAUUGCCUUGCCGGGGAUUCGAAACCAGUUCUCCUCCCUGAUGAAAAUGGCCCAGGAGGCAUCAAAGGUCUCGGAAAUCUACGACCAAGUCCACCAGUCCAUGAUCCAGACGCCAAUCAAAGACAAUGUCCCGUUGUUCUGGUCCACCAUGACGCAAGUCAAGACCAACCACUACCGCUCCAUGGCACACUUCUUUGUAGCCUCAGCGCUCCUGGACCACCAGUUGGGUCCCAAUGACGAUGAGGACCAGCAGGAGAAGACCUUGUCACAGGUCUAUGAUCGCCUUCCUGAGGGACGCUCACCUCUGGACAUCCUGAAAAAUAAAGAUGAACGCACACGCAUCGGUAAAGCACACAUUCGUCGGGCCAUCCUGGGUCAUGAGGAGGCACUGAGGAUCUAUGGUCUGUGCCACCACUUGAACAAGCUGGAAGCGCUGCAGGACAUUUUAAAAGCCAGCCACCAGCGCUCUCUCAACAAGAGCAGUGAAAAUGAAAAUGAGGACGAGUUCACAGACUACAUGGAGGCCCCAGACAUCAUCUCUAAAACAGAGCACAAAGCAGAGAUGGAGGUUCCUGCAACCACAAAGGUGAAAGUCACAGACUUCUUCCAAAGGCUGGGCCCUCUGUCAGUCUUCUCAGCCAAGCAGCGGUGGACGGCCCCACGGACAAUACGACUCCGCCCUGAAGACAGAGACCUGGGCUUCACCCUGAAGGGAGAAACACCAGUCCAGGUGGUUUCGUUGGAUCCCCUUUCCCCAGCUGCUGCUGACGGUCUGAAAGAGGGCGACUACAUUGUUACCGUGGGCAACACAGACUGCAAAUGGUUAGGCGUGACCGAGGUGAUGCGGCUGCUGAAGGACGUGGAUGAGGAGGGGAUCGACAUCCAGGUGAUCAGUGUGAUGGACAGCAAUCCUCCGAUGCCCACAAAGAGUGCCACCUUCUGUGGGAACCUGCCGAAGACCUACUCCAUGAUCUGUCUGGCCUUCGAUGACGACGACAAGAACCCCAAGUCUCGCAAAGUAACCAAGAAGUCAUCCUUCAUCAGCUGGGGUCUGAAGAACAAGUUGAAGAGUGCUAGUACCCUCAGCCUUCCCACAGCCGACCACUCUGGCACCCUCCCCUGGAAUAAACCAUGCCCCACCUUCCCCAGCUCCAGCUCCUACAACAACGACAGUGCCCUCUACUGAGCUAGCUGCAGACUCUCUGCUGUCUGCAAACAGCAUGCAGUAUGCAUUCGAAGCCUAGUGUGGCUGUGCAAUACUGUGUUGUACCCAUACUGGACCUGUUAUGGAUAUGGUACAGUACCAGUGCCCUUUGGUGUUUCCACUGGAUAACUGAGCAGUAAUGUGUGCAGCUUGUAUGUUACCAGUGUAAUGAUAACAUUUCUGCUAGCUACCUUGAAAAGUGGCUGUGCCAAACACUGUCUACAGGUGCCUUUUGUUGGUACAUGGGCACCCUCCCAGGUUAGUCCAGUAUCUGAAGUGAACUGGACUGCGCACCAAGCAUAAUGAGAACUCAUCCUGUACCAUGCCAGUAUGUGUACAGCACAGUACCAAUGCACUGUAGGAAAUAGAACAAAAAAAACAUAGCAGUUAUCAUUCCAGUCUGUAUAUAUAAAUAUACACGGCACUGAGACAUGUUUCUAAAAUGUCAUCUCAGUAUGUUUUCCUGAAGAAAAGAAAAGCUCCAGACGAAUUGAAGGAAGAAAACAAAGUUGUACAAAUACACCCAGCGUUGGUUACUACUUGACUGCAAGGGGGUAAUUUAACUGUGGCUUGAGGAGUCCCUUGUUACUUCCAUUGUGUACUCAUGUAGCUGUGCACUGUGCAGGCAUGUUCUCUGAUACUAUAUAUGUGAAGGAUUCGGUCAUUGAAACGAUACUCGAUGCAAUCAGUGGGUACUGAGCAGAUUUGGGGUUUGGAAUACAUAUAUUUUCUAAAUACAUAUGUAGAUGUACCUUGUUGCAGGAUGUCAAACAGUGAUUGAGGGAAAACUAAUAGUGCUGUGCAGUCAUUUUUUUUUGUCUUGGGGGAGUUGAUGAAUGCAAUGUUCUAUAAGCUGCUAAAAGUCAUCUAUAUACCUUAGUUAUGUAUUAUUGUCACUUUUGUAUUUGUGAGACAGCCUCUGAGGAUUAUUGUUUCUGCUGAGUGUCAUGCCUGGACACAUGUAAAAGGAAAUAUUGGUAUUUUAGGUUUGCUUACUGUACCAGUUACGCCAUAGACCAAAAUGCCUCCAUGUCCCUGAUCUGUCAGGAUGUACCAUAUACCAUCCUGGCUCGUCUUAACCUUUUCUGGCCCUCUUGUGUCAGACCUGCUGCUGUCUGGCAGUUUGUCCAUUCACCAGAGGAGCACGAGCUGCGUGUCUCUCUGUUAAUGUGAAUCUUGAUGUAGUUAAAUGUAUUUUGUCUCCUGAAGGGAAGAAUGUGGGCAGACCAGUGACAUUCCUGCAGCAUGCCUGGACAGCCAGUCACCCACCAGUGACUCUGAUCAAAGUCCACAUUCAGGUUUCCACUAUUUGUCACCACCUGUCUUAUCCUGUUCACAUCCCACAUCUUACUGACACUUUGCAGUGUUGGACUAUCUCUUUAUCUACAAAGUAGAUUCCUUUACACAUUUGAUAAUCAAAUUAUUUAUGUAAUAAAAAAAUACAAACAAAAAUAUAUAUAUUUACCUGUAAAGUUGUAGGUUUCAGAAAUAGUUUGUGAAUGGCCAAGUUGUGAAUUUUUGCACGUUGGAUUUCUUGGUUGGUUUCUUGGAAGAAUGUAUUAUACUAGCCUUGCUUAAUCCUUUGGUGAACUUGUAUACAUCUACACUUUGUCUUUGUAAAGAUAUUUUUAAAAUGUACAUGUUUUUAAACAGUAACACUGAGAAGAUGUAACGCUCUUUACUGUCUCUCUUUACCUUGUAUGGUGUCUUGAGUGCCAUUUAAACUUAAUCAUGAAGGAAAUGUGUAAUAACAACAAUGUGCAGUAAUUGAUUAAUAAGUGCUAAGUAAGUGUGCUAACAGGCGUGUAUACCUACACAGAUGAUGUUGACAUAAUGGACCUUUCCAUGCAUUUCACAGUGCAUAGUCAUCCUUAAUGCCUUGGUGUACAUGCAGAUGUUAUGGUACCUGUUCUUCUAAAGGUUUCAGGUUGCCUUUGCUUCUUUCUCUGUACUUUGUGCUGUAUAGCUACUGUGGUGUGAAUGCUUUGAUGGCAAAUCUUUGUGUCAUGUAUAAACUCAAAUCUCAAUAAAAGAUGGGGACAAAAACA